AUGGUGCUCCAUAUGCAGCUGGCCACCUCUGGGGAAGUCAGUGGAAGCCCACCCAUCAAAAAGGUCCUAGGGGAGGGGACAGAGCCAAGCUCCAUUUCCAGCAGACACUCCAGCCCUGUCUCUCCUCCAGAGGUGGCAGCUUUCACAUUGUAUAUCUCCAUUAACAUAGACCAUUCUGAAACCAAAGACAUAGACAAUGCCCCAAGAAUGGAAACAACGGAAAUUACUGAAAAAAUGUACCGAGUGUCCACUAUGAGGCGAAUAUUCAAUCUGGCAAAGCAUCGAACAAAAAGAUCAGCAUUUUUCCCGGCGGGGGUUAAAGUCUGUCCUCAGGAAUCCAUGAAACAGAUUUUAGCCAGUCUUCAAGCCUAUUAUAGAUUGAGAGUGUGUCAGGAAGCGGUAUGGGAAGCAUACCGGAUCUUUCUGGAUCGCAUCCCUGACACAGGGGAAUACCAGGACUGGGUUGACAUCUGCCAGCAGGAGACCUUCUGCCUCUUUGACAUUGGGAAAAACUUCAGCAACUCCCAGGAGCACCUGGAUCUUCUCCAGCAGAGAAUGAAACAGAGGAGCUUCCCUGAGAGAAAAGAUGAAAUAUCUACAGAGAAGACAUUGGGAGAGCCUGGUGAAACAGUUGUAAUUUCCACAGAUGCCGCCACUGUCUCACCCGGGCCCUUCCCUCUCACUCCUGAUGACACACUCCUCAAUGAAAUUCUCGAUGACACCCUCAACGGCACCAAGAUGCUUACAACAGAAAGAGAGACAGAAUUCACCGUGUCGGAGGGUCCUCUGGAACAAAAGGUGGAGUUCAGCAUCUCUCUGACUAACCAGAAGUUCAAGGCAGAGUUCACCGAUCCCCAGUCCCCAUAUUACCAGGAGCUCGCAGUGAAGGCCCAGCUUCAGAUACAGAAGGUACUCAAGAAACUUCCAGGAUUCAAAAAACUCCAUGUGUUAGGAUUUAGACCAAAGAAAGAAAAAGAUGGUUCCAGCUCCACAGAGAUGCAACUUACGGCCAUCUUUAAGAGAGACAGUGCAAGUGACCUCCUGUCUUUGGAUUCCAACAAAAUUGAAAGUGAGGGAGUUCAUCGUGAAACCAUGGAGGAGGGCAAGCCACCAGAAGUCUAUCUCACGGCUGUAGACCUCAAAAAGCUGAUCAGCAAAGUGCUAGAGGAAGAACAAUCCUUGGAUAUGGGGACAAUUCAGUUCACUGAUGAAAUUGUUGGUUCACUGCCAGACACUGGUCCUGAUAUCCAAACAGGACUGUCUACGCCCCUUGCUGACAUCACAGAGGAUGUUGCUUGGAGUCCAGAACUUCCUCUCGGUGAACCCAGUCUUGAGGCAGUGGACGAAGCAGAGCACGGUCUACCUGACAUCUCCUGGUCUCCACCUGCUGUGGCCUCUUCCACCCUGUUGGAAACACUGCCUUUCUCAACUGCAUCGAGCAUCUUCUCGUUGACUGAUCAAAGCGCUACAGACAUCGUGUCCGUAGGCCAGACGGUACUUGGCCCAGGGCUGGCCAUCCCCACCACUGAUUAUCCUGCCAUCGUCCAAGUGGCCCCGCCUACAUCUUCAGAUGACAGCCGGUUGAGAGCAGGCAUCCAAGAGACGGAUCUGUCCACCAUUCCUGCCCUGUCUGGUGCACCAGGACUCCCUGGGUACAUCUCUACCUCGGAACAUUUUCUGGAGGAUUCCACACCUGUCCCAGCUUUACAGUACCUCACCACUAGCACCAUGACCACUGCCAUCAAGGGCCGAGAGCUGGUGGUGUUCUUCAGCCUGCGUGUGGCCAACAUGCAUUUCUCUGAUGACCUGUUCAACAAGAGCUCUCUGGAAUACCAAGCUCUGGAGCAACAAUUCACAGAGCUGCUGGUUCCGUAUCUACGCUCCAAUCUCACAGGAUUUAAGCAACUUGAGAUACUCAACUUCAGAAAUGGGAGUGUGAUUGUGAACAGCAAGAUGAAGUUUGCCAAGUCGGUCCCCUACAACCUCACCAAGGCCGUGCACGGGAUCUUGGAGGACUUCCGUUUUGCAGCAGCCCAGCAACUUGAUCUGGAAAUAGACAGCUACUCCCUCGACGUUGAACCAGCGGAUCAAGCAGAUCCCUGCAAAUUCCUGGCCUGCGGUGAGUUCGCCCAGUGUGUCAAGAACCAGCGGACCGAGGAAGCAGAGUGUCGCUGCAGACCGGGCUACGAGAGCCAGCAGGGCCGGGGCCACCUGGAGCCAGGACCCUGUGCCCCUGUCCUGCAGGAGUGCCGAGGCCACCAAGGACAGGGGACUCCAUGCAGGUCACCAGAUCACUCUAAAAAUCAAGCAUAUGAAGCUCGUGUUAAAAAGUUCCAACAUCAACAAAAUAACAAGGUAACCCAGAAAAGAAAUUCUGAAUUACUGACAGCAGAAUAGGAAGAAUGUAACCACCAAGAUAGGGAAGGAAAUUAA